AUGUCUUCAACUGGUAAGGGCAAGAAGCGCGAGGAGCAGGACAACGCUUCCGAUGGCGACUCUGAAGGUCACGCGCCUCCCAAAAAGACCCAAAAGAAAGAUUCCGACGAUGACGCUGAUAACAUCACCGUCUGUGAGAUAGGGAAGAACAGGAAGGUUACUGUGAGGAUCUGGCAGGGGAAGAUUUGGGUCGACAUUCGUGAGUUUUACCUCAAAGAUGGGAAGGAAUUGCCUGGGAAAAAAGGUAUCUCUCUGUCCAUGGAUCAGUGGAAUGUGCUUCGUGAUCAUAUUGGAGACAUUGACAAGGCUGUUGUUGAGAAGUCUUAG